AAAACACGCGAGAUUCAGUGACGCAAAGCAGCGAGAGAGUUCAUCGAUAAAAUUUAUUUUACGUUAGUUACAAUAAGAUGACAGACGUCAGUGACUUAGACAGACAAAUUGAGCAGCUUCGCCAGUGUAAAAUAAUCAAAGAAAGUGAAGUGAAGUCACUAUGUGCAAAGGCACGUGAAAUACUUGUAGAGGAGAGCAAUGUACAAAGAGUUGAUUCACCAGUCACAGUAUGUGGAGAUAUACAUGGCCAGUUUUAUGACUUGAAGGAGUUGUUCAAAGUAGGUGGAGAUGUGCCGGACACUAACUACCUAUUUAUGGGCGACUUUGUUGACAGAGGAUUUUACAGUGUAGAAACUUUUCUACUUUUAUUAGCUUUAAAAGUCAGAUACCCAGACAGAAUAACGUUGAUACGAGGGAACCACGAAAGUAGGCAGAUUACACAAGUAUACGGUUUUUAUGAUGAAUGUUUAAGGAAAUAUGGGUCAGUAACUGUAUGGAGAUACUGUACAGAAAUAUUCGACUACCUUAGUUUGUCAGCCAUUAUAGAUGGAAAGAUAUUUUGUGUACAUGGAGGUUUAUCACCAUCAAUACAGACAUUGGACCAAAUACGAUCUAUAGACAGAAAACAAGAAGUUCCACACGACGGUCCAAUGUGUGACCUUCUCUGGUCAGACCCUGAGGAUAUGCAGGGUUGGGGUGUAAGUCCACGUGGUGCAGGUUAUUUGUUUGGUAGUGACGUAGUCUCCCAGUUUAACACAGCUAACAAUAUAGACCUGAUAUGUCGAGCACAUCAACUUGUCAUGGAAGGCUACAAGUGGCAUUUUAAUGAAACAGUCCUAACAGUAUGGUCAGCCCCAAAUUAUUGCUACAGAUGUGGUAAUGUAGCGGCUAUAUUAGAACUAGAUGAACAUUUACAGAGAGAUUUUACUAUAUUUGAAGCUGCCCCACAGGAGUUACGAGGUAUACCUUCCAAAAAGCCACAGCCAGACUAUUUCUUGUAGUGAAUGAAUAGUGAGAAGAUUGAUGAACAAAAGAGUUAUAAAUGAUGGAGAGAGACUUUAUAUCAGAUCAGAUGACUGCCUUUAAACAAAACUACAGUCUGAUUCUUGAAUCUUUAUAAAUAUUUCAAGGGUUCAUUACAUCACUGUCAUAACUUUUAUCAUUCUAAGUCCAAAGAGUUAUGGCAGCGUUGACUUUAACUCUUGUCUAUACCAGUAACAAUCAAUUCUGUGAUAAUGCUAGUUUAUUUUUGCUGCAACAAAAUUACCAGCUUUACUUUUGGUAUUUAAUUUACUGGAAAUUUUAAAUGUAUGGUAUGUAAUAUCUAAUAAAAAUGUUUGUAAGAAGCAAUGCCACUUAAGUAAGCAAGGUACACGUGUACUAACAGUUUUGGCCAAAAUUAUAUCCAGUUAUUUUUAUUUCUUUUUACAUGUACAUGUUUCAGUACAGUGAAAACAGUUGUCAUUGUGUUCUGGCAUUGAAUUUUGUUUUGACAUAAUUGAGCCAUGCCAUGACAAAACCAACAUAAUGGGUUUGCAACCA